AUGACUGAAAAACGUGCACUGUCACCACCACCUCUACCAACAUUUGUUCUUCGAUCAUUCUCAUCUGGAGUUUGUUGUGUCAAAUACGAUUUAGCCGAUUCUUUACGUCUCUAUACAGGUGAACAGCAAGGUUCCAUUCAUUUGUACGAUCUUCGUACACGUCUUCCAAUUCUUUCAUUAACCAACGCACAUUCAUCGACGGUUCUUAGUUUAAGUCAACUCAGUGAAGAUAAUCAAUUGAUUAGCUCGGGUAAAGAUGGUUUUAUCAAGAUCUGGAAUGCCAAUGGUCAAUGUCAAUGGGAUUAUCAAACGUAUCAUUGUUCAUUUUCUAACUGUGAUACCAUUUCACCAAAUCUGAUUGUCACUCCGAUUGGCAGUGAUGAUUCUCUCGUUGGCGCACUUGAUUGUCGUUGUACAGAUCCUGUUAUCAAGAAAUUUCAACCAAUAUCUCCAGAUAUAAACAACGGUAUGGUCAUGAAAUUACGUGUCUUUGAUAAUCGUUGGCUAUUUGUUGCUUAUGAAAACGGUUCAGUGAAAGUUUUCGACAUUGCAUCGACAAAACAAAUCGAUUCCUAUCAAGUGACAUCGGAUCAUGAGCCGAUAACAGCUUUGGAUGUUGCUUGCAAUACAUGUCUAUGCGGAACGACGAAAUCAGAUUUGAUUUCAUUGGAUUUUGCAUCGUUGAAAUUAGAGAAAACAUCGACAUUCCGUCAGGUAGAACUGCCUAAUGCUGGUACAAGUUCUUUACGUUGUCGACCGAAUGAUGGAAAACUGAUCGCGGUUGCUGGUUGGGAUUCUCGAUUACGACUGUUUCGAAGAGAAACUGGAAAACAAUUAGCAAUGCUGGAUCACCAUCGGCAACAAAUCAAUUCGAUUGAUUUCGAUUUUCAUACUAGACAAAUGGCUUGUGCAAGUGAAGAUCGAACUGUUUCUAUUUGGGAUAUUUAUAACAAUAAAACAUGA